AUGGCAAACACGACACUCAACGCCGCAGAUAGCCUAUUCGGCCCUGUUGUCAAACCGAUCUCGGGGACGUUUUUCGACUUUACGCGACUUUUUGAGGAGUCCAUAUUUUCCAUCGGGCCUUCAGCUGCGUUGAUGCUCAUCGCUCCGGUACGGAUAUGGUACCUCCGCAAGACACCGAGAAAGGUGGUUCGGGACCGCCUGGCUUUGAGCAAACUUGUUCUUCUGGCUACACUCCUUGUUCUCGAAGUCAUUAACCUUGGGAUGUGGGCAGCACCAUCAGCUCAGUCUCUACGGACCCGUGCGUCCAUUCCUGCCGCGAGUCUGUCCUUUGCAGCGACCUUAGGUCUAGCAUGCCUUUCGUAUACUGAACAUAUGAGAUCGAUUACGCCGAGUCUAAUCAUCAAUUUGUAUUUGCUCUUAACCCUGCCCCUGGACUUUGCACAAGUGAGAUCCUUGUGGCUGCGAGGUGCCGACUCUGCGGUCACACCGAUCUUCACAAGUGUCACCUCCAUCAAAGCAUGUUUACUCCUUGUGGAGGCUAUCGAGAAAGCAAGCCUGCUGCUACCACCUUUUAAAAGUUCCUCACCAGAGUCCACAAGUGGCAUAUAUUCCCGAGCGCUUUUCUGGUGGCUGAACCCCCUAUUCCUGCUGGGUUACAAGACGAUACUCUCGGACGACAAUCUGUUUGUAACAGACCCAAAACUGAUGUCUAAAUCGGUUUUCCAUCGAUUUCAACGACACUGGGCUAAGUAUCAGGCUACAGGUGGAAAAGGGUCCUUGCGCACCGCCCUAGCUAGAACAAUGCUCCUGCCAUUCUCGACAGCCAUUUUGCCGCGAUUGCUGGUGGUACUAUUCAGAUUCAUGCAACCAUUUCUCAUACGUGAUGUAUCAAGGUUUGUCGCCGAGCCUGUGACGAGUCACUCAACGUCCCAAGGAUGGGCCCUGGCUGCAGCAUAUGGAUUGGUAUAUCUCGGCUUAGCGAUAUCUCAAGCCAUCUACUACCAUCAGACAUACAGAAUGGUUACCAUGACGCGUGGGGCGCUGGUCGCAGCCAUCUAUGCAAAGGCAAUCGAGCUUCCAACCACUGCUCUCGACGAAUCUGCCCCUGUGACGCUAAUGUCCACUGAUGUCCAGCGAGUGUGCGAUUCUCUCGCUCAACUUCACGAAACAUGGGCCAGCAUUAUUGAGGUCGCGCUAGGUAUCUGGCUCCUUACGAGAGAGAUCGGCUUCUCUGUGUUCGGGCCUGUGGUGAUCACCGUGGUGUCUGUCUUGGCCACUGUGGCAGUAUCGAAGCGUAUGCCUACCGCGCAAAAGCUGUGGCUCAAGUCCAUCCAGACUCGUAUCGGUGUGACUUCCAAGAUGCUGCAAUCAAUGAAAGGGGUCAAAAUGCUGGGUCUGACUCCAUACAUGUCCACUCUCAUCCAAAGUCUACGGGAGCACGAGAUCCUUUUAUCACUCAAAUCUCGGAGAUUACAAGCGACUUGCAUUGUCCUUGCCAAUGUCGCUCAAGCUAUCGCUCCAGGAGUAGCGUUUAUUCUGUAUGUCGUAAUUCCCCGAAACGGGGACCAAACGCUCGAUGUUGCCCAGGCAUAUACUUCUUUAUCCUUGAUCGCAUUGAUUACGAGGCCCGUGGCCUCGUUGAUCUUCGCGGCGCCUCCGCUGAGGGCAUCACUUGGAUGCAUAGAGCGGAUCCAGUCCUUUCUAUUCUCCCGGACUCGAACCGACAAUCGACUCAUCACGAAAUCCAGUCCAGCGAAGGAUAACAGAAAAUCAUCCAGAACUUCUGGACAAGCCAUGGAACUGCAACCUGUGACUCCAACAGUUGAUCCCUCACGGAACCGUCAAGCGCCAAUUCGCUUGCUGAACGCCACCUUUGCAUGGAGCGCCACACACUCACCAGUUGUGGAAGAUAUUUCAUUUGAACUUCCUCCAGGUAGCCUGACUUUUCUUCUGGGGCCUGUGGGAUGUGGGAAGUCAAGCUUACUUAAGGGCAUACUGGGCGAGAUUCCAUCGAGCAAAGGGUUCGUAUACCUGGAAUCCCCGGAGACUGCUUUCGUGCAGCAAACUCCCUGGAUUCAAGACAAGACCUUUCGUGACAACAUCCUUGGCACAUCGCCGUUCGACGCCAAGUGGUACCGUGCAGUCAUUACAGCAUGUGCCUUGGAUGAUGACAUUGCCGAAUUUCUCAAGGGGGAUCUAACAGUCGUUGGCGCCGCGGGUCACGGCUUGUCAGGUGGGCAGAGGCUUCGUUUGGCGCUGGCUCGUGCAAUUUACCCUCGGCCCAGUACUUUGAUUCUCGACGACACAUUCAGUGGCUUAGACGCCGAGAGCGAAGGCACGAUCUUCAGGAGCCUCUUGGGAAAGGGAGGUCUCUUACGACAGUUAGGUACAACCAUUUUGUUGGCGACACACGCAGCCCAUCGACUAUCAUACGCAGAUUAUAUAAUCGUGCUGUCUGCGCAAGGAACCAUCUCUGAAGAAGGGACGUUCUCUGAGCUGAUGAGCAGUGAAGGCUAUAUUUCAAUAUUGGCGGCGAGACACAAGCCUGAGGUUGAAAGUGUCACUCUUGAAAACAAAAUUCUCUCACGAAAUUCGAAACCUGCCAACGAAAAUCGUGGUGAUUAUUCUCAGGAGAUGGUGCCGACGUUAGGCGAUAUCCAAGUGUACAAAUACUAUUUUGGGGCCAUUGGAUGGCUCAACACUGCUGCUUUUGUCUGUUUGAUCAUGUCAUUCGCAUUUUUCUCGCGAUUUCCAGAUGCUUGGAUGAAAUUCUGGACCUCGGCUGUCGCAACGCAUGGCAACUCUAUCAGCGGAAAGUACGUUACUGUUUAUUUUUCCAUCGGAGUCAUGGCUCUGGUUAGUGUUCUUGGGGUCGCAUUCCACGUAUACUCCAAAAUGGUACCGGCAUCUGCGAGAUAUCUGCACCUCACUCUGCUGUCAACAGUCAUGGCCGCACCGCUGUCCUUCUUCACGUCCGUUCAGACUGGUCAAAUACUGAACAGAUUCAGUCAGGAUCUUGGACUUGUGGACAAUGAGCUCCCUUCGGCCUUGAUUCAAGUGAGCGGCCCGUUCUUCUUGUGUCUAGUGCAGAUCAUCUUCAUUUGCCUCUCGGCGGCUUACUUUGUGACAAUAUUGCCGCUGGUGCUGCUAGUAUUGUACUUCCUGCAAAAGUACUAUCUGCGCACUUCACGCCAGAUAAGGCUGCUCGACCUGGAAGCGAAGGCACCCUUGUACUCCCAUUUCUUGGAAACGCUCCAGGGUCUAGUGACGAUCCGAGCUUUCGGAUGGGCGAAGGAGUUCGAAGAGCAGAACAUGGAUCUGUUGGACAAGUCACAGAAACCAUUCUAUCUCCUAUUCUGUAUCCAACGCUGGCUGAGCCUUGUCCUUGAUAUCAUUGUUGCUGCUCUUGCAGUGAUCUUGAUGAUCAUUGUUGUUGAGCUGCGCGACAAACUAGAUCCAGCUCUAGUGGCGCUGGCACUGUUAAACAUCAUGUCAUUCAACAGCAACCUCACCGCUAUCAUCCAGAUGUGGACAGGCUUAGAGACGUCCAUGGGGGCGAUCUCACGCUUGAAGACCUUUAACCAGAGUACCUCUUCCGAGGAUCGGGCGGAAGAAUGCUCCCCUCUGCCUGAAACUUGGCCAAGCGGCGGCCAUGUCGAAUUUUCCGGGCUGUCAGCUACCUAUGCGCACGAACUGCCAAAUGUCAUUAAAGAUAUCGAUUUGACCAUAGCACCCGGCGAGAGGUUGGGUAUUUGUGGCACGUCCGGCUCCGGGAAGUCCUCAUUGAUCACCUCCUUGUUCCGCAUGCUUGAAAUCACUAAUGGAACCAUAUACAUUGACGGUAUUGACCUGUCCACAAUUUCCCGCCAGCGCAUCCGUGAGCGUCUGAACGCUAUUCCACAGGAUCCUUUCUUCCUCAAGGGUACCAUUCGGCAGAAUAUCGACCCCUUCGGUAAGGUCACUGACGAAGCAAUCGAACUUGUGCUCUGCAAGGUUGGCCUUUGGGCUACUGUCAGUACGGCACCAUAUGGUCUCGACAGUGAGAUGGAAGCUGAAGAGUUACUUUCUCACGGCCAGAGGCAACUCUUCUGCCUUGCACGCGCCAUGCUCAACCCAUCCAAGAUUGUGGUCCUUGACGAGGUCACCGCUAGCGUCGAUCUGCAAACGGACAGGCUGAUGCAAGAAAUUAUUCGCGAGAGCUUUGCGGGCCGCACACUGAUUAUUGUGGCGCAUCGCUUGCAAACGCUCAUUGAUUGUGAUCGCAUUGUGGUAAUGCAGUUUGGCAGGAUUGCCGAGGUAGGAGCUCCAGACACGUUGUUGGCAACGCCGAACGGCUAUUUUAGGCACCUAUGGAAUACAUAG